UUUUUGUAUACAUAAACGGCCGCCAUCUUGGUAAACAUACAGACAGGUGAAAUGAUGGAGGGAUUUUGACAACUGGAAAACUUUCCCUGAAAACACUUGGUGGGAAAUGAGCUUGGGAGAAAUUGUCACCCUCAAUGUUGGUGGAAGAAAAUUCUCGACUUCUAAGCAGACACUGACGUGGAUUCCAGACUCAUUUUUCUCUAGUUUACUAAGUGGGCGAAUUUCAUCUCUAAGAGAUGAAACAGGAGCGAUAUUUAUUGACAGAGAUCCAGAAGCCUUUGUUCCCAUAUUGAAUUUUCUAAGAACCAAAGAACUUGAUGCAAGAGGGUUAGACUUAAGGGUAAUCAAACAUGAAGCUGAGUUUUAUGGGAUCACUCCUCUUGCCAAGAGGCUAGCCUUAUGUGAAGAGGUAUCCAAUUCCAAAUGUGGCAAUGUGUUGUUCCAUGGAUAUCUCAACACUCCAGAGUUUCCAGCUCCUCCUGUGUCAAGGCACUCAUCAUCAGCUGCCCUCACAAGGAGAAGCUCUACAUCAACUGUAAUAAGCACCUCUCGUUAUGAACCUGACACUGCAAGCUACCGAGAUGUUGGUGUCAGAGAAGUCCCUGAUGAUAAUGAAGGUGCUGUUGUUAUGGAUGUAGACCCAAGGAAAGUGUUGAUGGUGAUAGGACACCACAGUUUUGUUGCUGUAGCUUUUGCACAUUCUGUUUUUUGUUACCGAUCCAAAGACUCGGUUGGCUGGGAGCUUAUUUUCUCUACUCCUUAUCUGCAUAACACUGUGGAAAGAAUGGCUUUGAAUGCAAAGGUGUCAUCCAGUUCUUUUGGAGACAAAAUGCUAGCAGUUUCAUCAGAGGGUAGAAUUCGGUUAUGGAGCUUUAACACAACUGACCACAUUCAAGAUGUUGUGAAAUUUGAAAUUGGAACCUUUGAUCUUGGUGUCACUGUAGAUGCUCUGUUUUUCAUUGGAAGCCAACUUGUAGCCACAAGCCACACAGGAAAAAUUGGGGUGUGGAAUUCAAUGACACAGCAUUGGCAGAUCCAAGAAGUGACACCGAUUUCCAGUUAUGACACCGCUGGUUCCUUCCUUCUUCUUGGCUGUACAAAUGGCUCUAUUUAUUACAUUGAUAUGCAAAAGUUUCCACUGAGAAUGAAGGAUAACGACCUUCUGGUUACAGAGCUGUAUAAAGAUCCUAAUGAAGACAUGGUGACUGCACUCAGUGUGUAUUUAACACCCAAGACAUGUUUAAGUGGUAACUGGAUUGAGAUCGCAUACGGUACAAGCUCGGGAACGGUACGAGUGAUCGUUCAACAUCCCGAGACAGUAGGCCACGGACCACAGCUCUUCCAGACAUUCAUGGUACAUCGGAACCCAGUUAUAAAAGUCAUGCUAAGUGAGAAAAACCUUGUCUCCAUUUGCUCCGAGUAUAACCACGUGCGCUCGUGGAACGUGACGCGUUUUCGGGGCAUGAUCUCCACGCAACCAGGUUCCACGCCCCUCGCAUCUUUUAACGUAGUUUCUCUCGAGGCGCAGGACGCUCAUCCAAGUUCCUUAGCUGGUAAUGGCAUCGGCCCCUUCGGCGAGCGUGAUGAUCAACAAGUGUUCAUUCAGAAGCUCGUACCUGACACCGAUCACGUGAUUGUGCGUUUCUCCUCCACAGGAAAAAGGGUCUGUACGAUACGUUCAGUGGACGGCAGCAACAUCACUUCAUAUUGUGUACAUGAAUGUGAUGCUUCUAGUCGAAUGGGAUCCAGACCCCGGCGGUUCCUGAUAACGGGACAUUCGAACGGAUGUAUACAAAUGUGGGACUUGACAACUGCUUUAGAAAUUGCAACCAAAACCACAGGAGAAAACUCAGCCGAACGCGACGAUAUUGGUAAUGUCACGCAAGGCGAACUUUUAAGAACAUUAGAGCAAUGUGACCUCAGUGCGUCACGCUGUACCACUCCCUCCAUGUCGCCUGCCACGUCACUGCUGCACACAAAUCUCACGGGCUCACGACUAAAGCUUUCUUACUCAUGGCCCAGUUUGGGCGAAGAUGACCGCGAGGAGGCUGGAGGCAGUGGUGGAAAGUCCAAGUACGGAAUUCUAGUGUCGCAAUGUUAAAAUGUUGGAUGUAUUGAAAACACCUUACAAAUAAUUGGGAAUAUUAACAUAAUUUACAGCCAGAACAGGCUCUAAACAUAAAGUACGGAAUAUUUGAACCUGACACCUUUGUAUUCGAUUUUUUUUUCAAUGGCAAGACGCUGAAUUCAUUAAUUGUUCAAAGACUCAAACACGAUUGGAAUAAAAUUUUCCCUUUCCUCGGU